UGCAACAAGUAUUCAAAUUUGAUGUCAAUUUGCAUACCUCUAACCUAAUCUCAAACCUCUCUCCCAGCCAUGGUUUUCCCAGCAUCAAAGCUGCUCUUUCUCUACUUGAUCGUAACCAUUUCACUCUUUCUCAUAAUCCCUUGUGCAACUCAGCUAACCUUCAACUACUCCGAUUUCAUUGAAACAAAUAACAAAACUGUUAUCAUUACAGGGAACGCUACUAUCUCAGGUUCAUUUAUCAAAAUCACGCCAAAUGCUGUGGACAAUUGGGGUCGAGCCACAUAUUUAAAGUUGAUGCAUCUUUGGAACGAAGAAUCAGGAAAACUCGCCAACUUCACUACAAAUUUCUCCUUCAUCAUUUAUUCGCCAGGUGAAGUCAGAUAUUCAGAUGGCCUCAUGUUCUUCCUUGCAAGUCCAGAUUUCCCACAACCUAGUCCAACAGAUGGCGUCGGCCUUGGCCUUGCAAGUCGUGACCAAGUCAGAGACCCAAGUUUCUUAUCUGCAAAUAAAUUCGUUGCUGUGGAGUUUGAUACUUAUCGAAAUCCUAGAUGGGAUCCUCCUUUGCCGGUAAGUGAACAUGUUGGUAUCAAUAUUAACAACAUCACAUCUUUGACCUCUACACCAUGGUAUUGUAAUAUUAAGGAAAAUAGAACAUAUAGUGUAAGUGUCAGUUACGAUGCUAUUAUGCAAAAUCUUAGUGUCACCUUCACUGGUUUCAAUAAUGGUACCACCCCUAUUCAACAGCACCUUUCUUCUGUAACUAAUUUGAUAGAGCAUUUACCAGAAUGGGUUGAAUUUGGGUUCUCGGCUUCAACAGGCUUUCUUUCUGAGUCACAUAUUCUUUGCACUUGGUCGUUUCAAUCAACACAACCUUUUUGGAUCCAACCAAACAAGAAUGAGAAAAAUUUUAGAAAGAAAAAAUUAGUGGUGGGCCUAAGCGUGGGUGCUUGUAUUUUGUUUAGUUGUUUGGGGUUGGUUUGGCUUUUGUAUAAGAGGAAGUGGGGUAGAGGGGGAGAAGAAGAGGACUUGGGUUUUGAUCUUUCCAUGGACGACGAAUUUGAAAGAGGUACUGGGCCAAAGAAAUUUUCCUACAAUGAACUGGUUAGUGCAACAAAUAACUUUGCUGAGGAGAAGAAGCUUGGAGAAGGAGGGUUCGGUGGGGUUUAUCAAGGAUUUUUACGAGACUUGAAUUCUUAUGUUGCUAUCAAAAGGGUAUCAAGGGGAUCUAAACAAGGGAUAAAGGAGUAUGCAUCUGAGGUGAAGAGUAUUAGUCGGUUGAGGCAUCGGAAUUUGGUGCAACUCCUUGGUUGGUGUCACGAGAAGAAGAAUCUCCUACUUAUUUAUGAAUUCAUGUCAAAUGGUAGCUUAGAUUCACAUCUUUUCAAAGGCAAGAGUUUGUUAACAUGGGUGGUGAGAUACAAUAUUGCUCGAGGCCUAGCAUCAGCACUGCUAUACUUGCAUGAAGAAUGGGAACAAUGUGUAUUACAUAGGGACAUAAAGUCAAGCAAUGUCAUGUUGGAUUCAAAUUUCAAUGCAAAGCUUGGAGAUUUUGGCCUAGCUAGACCUGUGGACCAUGACAAAGGAUCGCAAACCACGGCUUUGGCAGGGACCAUGGGCUAUAUGGCCCCUGAAUGUGUUAUCUCAGGCAGGGCCAGCAAAGAAUCAGAUAUAUAUAGUUUUGGGGUUGUGGCUUUGGAACUAGCUUGUGGAAGAAAGCCCAUUAAUCCCAAUGCAAAAGAAGAUGAAGUAAUUAUGUUAGAGUGGGUUUGGGAGCUUUAUGGAACAGGAAAUCUUCUUAAGGUUGCUGACCCUAGAUUGUGUGGAGAUUUUGAUGAGCAGCAAAUGGAACGAUUGAUGGUGGUUGGGCUUUGGUGUGCGCAUCCAGAUUCCAUUGCUAGGCCUUCAAUAAGGAAAGCCAUUCAAGUGCUCAAUUUUGAAACUGCAUUGCCCAUUCUUGAGCCAAAAAUGCCUAUACCAACCUAUAUUACCCCUGCAAUUCGUGCGUCUACAUCUUCAACAACUUCAUUGGAAAAUCACCAUGCUCAGUCAUCAAGCCAUAGUAGCUACACUGGUUCUUCACAAUUAAGCACAUAUUCUGCAGCUUCUUCAUCCACUUCACUUUUAUACUCGCAAUCUGUUCAUACCAUGUAGUUUAUCUAGGAAACAUUGCCUAAGUGUGUACAAUAAAGAAUUUCAUAAUGUAAUUAUGUUUCAAAGUGUUAU